AUGGGGCGCUUCGGGCUCACCGUCGUGCGGCAUGGAGAAACAAGAUACAACAAAGACAAGAUACUGCAAGGCCAAGGAGUGGAUGAGCCUCUCUCUGCGACUGGUUUCAGACAAGCAGAUGCUGCUGGUUUAUUUCUCAGCAAUGUGAAGUUUACUCAUGUCUUUUCAAGUGACCUCCUUCGAGCAAAACAGACUGCUGCCUCAAUUCUAGGGAAAAAUAAGUUUUGUAAAGAUUUGGAAGUCAAGUAUGAUCAAAGACUGCGAGAGAGAAAAUACGGUGUUGCAGAAGGAAGGCCUUUGGCUGACCUCAAGGCUAUGGCAAAGGAUGCUGGAGAGCAAUGUCCUUCAUUCACACCUUCUGGAGGAGAAACACUGGAUGAAGUGAGAGAACGUGCAAGGAAUUUCUUUGAAUUUCUGUGCCAGCUGGUUGUUCAAUUGGUACAGAAAGAGCAGGACAAGUCUGGUGCAGCAAGCAAAAGCUCAGGAACAUCUCAAGAACAGUUUGUUUUCCCUUGGUCAAACCACUGCAGUGAAGGAGAACUGAGCAGUGAGAGUGGUGGAUCUUCUGAAAUAUUAGAUGCCAAUGUAUUAGUGGUGAGUCAUGGAGCCUACAUGAGGAACUGGAUUGAUUAUUUUGUUUCAGAUCUCAACUGUACUUUACCAGCAGAUUUAACAAAGUCUCAGAUGUCUUCUGUCAGUCCCAAUACAGGAGUCAGUCAUUUCAUUGUAAAACUUGAAAAUGGAAAUCUGUUGAAACCUGAAAUCACAUGUGUAUGUCUUAACCAAGACUCUCACUUAGUGAAUGUGGGAGCUGAAUGUGUAGCUUCAAAAGUGUUUUAAGAGUCUCUCUGUAGGGGAAGUGGUUUUAGAUCCCCAUUAUGCUAAGCUUGGGGAAGGUUUCUGUAGUAAUUACUGAGA